UUCGUUAAGUAAGCAAGGUUUAUAAUGAAAGAGUUAAAAAAACCCAUAAUGAAAUCUAAACACUAGCGUAUUUCGAAACAAUCUACAAACUUUACAACUUAGGCAGUUUUUAGGAAGUGUCCAAACUCAAAUGACCAGAAUAUUACCAAUUUAACUUACUUUGAACGUAUUUUUACUUAGAAUAUCUAUGCCAUUAUAAUUUGAAUAAACCGCAUUUAAAGACACACAAUUCUUUGCAUUGCAUGACUCUGGCUACCUCUGUUUAUAGACCAGCAUAAAGACUCACGUGUUUUCCUUUCAGGAGAACUUAGAGGUGGUCAGAGGUCAUCCAAAAAGCCUACAGCGCCCCAAAAAACGGAAGACAUCUUCGAUGCCCCAGUAGUGCCAACCAAACCGGCUCUGACAGCUAAAGAUAAGAGAAAAAUCAUGCGCGAGAAUGUUCUGCAAGUUUUAAUAAAAUCAACAGUCAUGCCCUUUAGAUGGCUGAAGAGUUCGUACAGGUGCUUCUACUGCUAUGACAUUUUCCAAGACGCGACGGACUUGAAAGGGCAUCAACAGUUGCACAUGGGAGACGAGGCUAAGAUCCAAGCCAUGAACAAUUACUGGGAACCAGUAGUGUACGUGGAUAUAUCGAAUCUAACGUGCAAACUUUGCCCGGAAAGGAUAUUGGAUUUGUACGAUCUGAUUGACCACCUCAUUGGUCAACACGGAGUGAUGUACAAUAAGGAUGUAGGGAUUUGUAUGGUGGCGUUCAAACUGGAUAAUUUCAAUGUCAGUUGCCUUGCGUGUGGGGCCAGCUUCUACACAUUCGGGCCUCUAUUGCAUCAUACAAAUAAAGACCAUAAAGGCACAUCGGCUAUACUCUGCGACGUCUGCGGACAGCAUUUCAAAGACGUGAACCUCCUUCGUGGGCAUUUCAAAACAGUUCACGAGAAUACCGGUCUUCUAUGCCCGGAGUGUGGGGAGAAAUUCGAAACCAGAUCUAAACUAAAGACUCAUCAAAAGAACCAGCAUGAGAUCGACAAGAAAUUCAAGUGCAUGGUGUGUUCUUUGACCUUUCAAAGUCACUAUAAAAGAUCCAGGCAUAUGGCUGCAGAACAUAAGAACAGGCAGGAGAUAAAAUGCCUUCACUGUCCGAAGACUUUCGUCUUUCGCAGCAUGAUGAUGACUCACGUUAGAGACACCCAUUUAAAAGUGAGGAACUACAUCUGCAGCGUGUGUGGGUGGAAAGCUUUCAAUAGCAACAGGUUAAAAAACCACAUGUACAAGCAUAGCGGCGAAAAGAAUUUCAAGUGUGAUGGGUGUGAUAAAGCAUUUACUACUAAGAAGAUCAUGCGAGCGCAUUUUGUCCGUAUUCAUAAAAAUGCUCCUCCUGUGAUGCAAUACGACCCAAUUAAUCCUUAUGGACAUUAAGUGUCAUUCCUAGUCAAAUUCUUUUAAAGAUAAAAGAUUAUUUACAUACAGCGUUAAUACUAUCUUUAGUAAAUAAA